CUUUUUACAUGACCGCCUCAUAAUUCAGACAUCGAACACCCUUCUUUAAAUUAUAUGAUCCGCGGUCACGCUCGCCACAUGGUGGCGCCACUGAGUUACUGAAUUACUGAGCUAGAAAUCAGGAUCCCGCAGUUGAUCUUGAAAGAAUGCAAUAUGCGGAUGUAUCGUAGUCGUACGUUCAUACGAGGUCGAGUUGUUCCGUAGCGAUUCCGCUUGUACCGAUGCACAUACUUGUGCGAUAACAAUUUCCAGUUUUCGUUCGCGGCAACGGAUGCGCGUAUCCUCGAGAAGACGAGCGACAUCGUAUCCGGGUUAUACGCUACAGUAACGACAGUGGCAAUUGUAGAAUCGUGUGCGUGCACAAAAAAAAGCUAAAGUAUACCACGGAUUGCGAGAAAAGUGCGUGUUCGUUACGUGAGUGAAUAGAGUGCCUUCAACCCUAGUCUCUGCGCCCUUUCGAAUCGUUGACAGUUAAAUAUACAAGUCGGCCGUGAUUUAUCUUUACGAGCUCAUCCAUCGAUGACGUGCCGCGGACCGGUCUACGAGGAUACAAAGGUGUUGCAUGGUGCGUGCUAGGGCAACGAACAAGGGUCUUCACCGUCGCGUUUCGACUAACGAAGUGGGCCGCACUGACCAGGCUGUGGACGUUCCUACAUUGGCGAUGAAAAUUGAAACGUCUCAGGACUUGACGUAAAUAUCGUUGACCAGUGCGUUCGGGGAAACAUCAUGAAGAGGAACCUCGCACCCUAGUCUACUCGCACCAUGUUAGUGACACAGACACCCUCCUCGACGGAGAAUCAGGCGAACAACAUGCUGCCGGUGCUCGAGGAGGAGGCGGACGUCGACGUCGACGACGCGUUCCCGCCGCACGUCGACACGACGAACAUCGUCAUACAGCCGGAAUCGCCGACCAGCAAGAAGCAGACUUUGAAGACGUUCAACGAGGUGAACGCGCUUCUACAGGCCGGCAGAAAGAGGGAGGUGAAGCUCCUGAUAAGGGACAACGCCUGGCCAUUGAACAACGGCAUUAGGGCGCACCUCUGGCCGGCGUUGUGCAAUCAGCACGCGCAUGGCAAAAAUAUGCUCGACGGAUUCUACUGGGACAUGGUGAAUCAGGUGUUCGGAACCACAGAGCUGCCGGAAAAAUCUGUCAUGCUACCGCCGUUCGUUGACAGCACUCAUUGCCUGUCGUACCAGCUAACGAGAAAGGGCAGGAGCGUUGCGGACAGAGUCGUAUCCGUCCUUGGAUACGCUUGCCCCGAUAUCACUUACAGUCCAUCCCUCUACCCCAUCACGGCACUUCUUCUUCACUUUAUGCCAGAGGAGGAGUGUUAUCACUGCAUGGCGAGUUUGGUCGCCACUAAGGACAAGAUGUUCAUUACGCAAACGAAGCUCCUCUACGAGGUCACCUGGAAGACCGUCGAGCAGAUCACCAAGAAGCACGUGAAAUCGGCAGCGGUACACUUGGCGAGACACUGCUCCGGAUCGAGAGCGGAACGGAUCUACAUGGACUGGAUCUGGUGGAUCCUUCAGUAUCUUCCCUUCCAGCAUCUAGUCAGGGUUAUGGACUGUUUCCUUCACGAAGGCAUCAAGGUCUUCUAUCGAGUAGCAAUGGCUAUAGUCCUAUUAUUCUACAAACAUUCGUCGCUGCAAAACUCUGAAUGGAUGAAUGAGAUUUCGAAGAACGGUAUUGACGCUGCCUUAUCGAAAUUCUGCAGACAAAUACCGGUAACGUCAGCUAAAUUUUUACGCACCGCGUUUGGGAUCCGCGGUCUCAGCUCAGCAUACAUAUCAAGAGUAUUUUUGCGCACAGAAAUGGCCCUAAAGAGUAGAAGUGUAUUAACGGGAUCCAGAUCGUUGGCUAGAUCCCGAUCGACGGACAAUCUGCCGACAAGCCAGUCUCAAGUCAACAUCCAGAUGAUGUCGCAUACGCUCACGAUCAGAGAAAAAGAGUGUGAAGACACAUACAAAGACAGGUUAUUCACAUUAUGGUCCUGGCUACCGAUGCGGAUCACCAUGUACCAACCCAUACUAUUGUACACAACGGAGGAACACGGUUGUUCACUAACAACAUUUUACGUGAGGGUAGAGCAACACGAGCCAACUCUGUUGAUGAUAAAAACAUGUAACAAUGAAGUAUUCGGUGCCUACUGCUCCACGAGAUGGUGCGAACGCAAUUUGAAAAACGACAAAGGACAACGACAGGCUUAUUUUGGAACAGGCGAAACGUUCCUGUUCAGCUUGUAUCCCGAACGAGCAAAGUACCCUUGGGUAGGGAUGGACUCUUCGCACAAUGAUUCUAAGGUUCAUCAUUCAGCUGAACUAUUCAUGGCUGCGGACUCGAAGAUGAUAACCAUAGGCGGAGGGGACGGUCAAGCAAUAUGGAUGGAUGAGAACAUAAGAUACGGGAAAACAGAUCGGUGCUCCACGUUUAACAAUCCACCCCUUUGUGCCAACGGAGAUUUCGAAAUCAGGGUACUGGAAGUGUACGGAUUCGCCGGUGCUUGAGGCAAGAGACGGGACUCUGGACUACGAUGUUUCAGUUUAUUUGAUUCCCUACUGCCAUUUAGCGACUCUCUUCUAUAUAAUUAUAUAUAUACAUAUAUAUACAAAAUUGUGUAUUCAUUAGAUACACAAGUAUCUUCGUAUAUCGUGUAUAUGUGCAGAAAGAGUUACCGCGAGACUUAUCCAACCGCGGUAUUCCCUCGAGUUGCUUACGGUGUAUUAGUAUUAUUAUGUGUGUAUGUUUCGUUGUCGAGGCGCUGUUCGAAGAGGUUUUUCAAUACCGAUAUUGAGAUUAUUGUAGAUUUAUUAUCUCUCCUUCGUUUUCAUUGAUUACGCUUGCCCGUUUGAUUGAUAGUCUCGAUGCUCGCUGAGUAAAGAAAGGAACGACCAGACCAGAUUUCUGUGCCGUAAAUUUAUUCAUUAGCUGGAAAUAGAACGGUCGUUAUAAAAACGGUCGUUAACGGGUUAAUUAUAUGUUUGACAAAGUAAAUAUCGACAAUAAUCAAGUUUAGUUAUCAUCGAUUCGUUUAUGUUAUUGCCAAUUUUGGUAUCCGGUGUGUAUAUAUUGUAAGAAACCAUUGGUUGUUUAAAUAAAUACUUAACGUUCAUUGGACUAGAUGCUAACGCUGUACAGUGGUGAGUAUAGAAAUGGAGGAGUCCAGUAAAGUUUUUAGUAAAAUUGAUAGCAUAACGAGUCUCUUGUUGCUUAGUUUCCGAACUUUUUAUAGAAGUUGUUAAAGUCUCCUAUGUUUAAUACGUUAUAUUGUACAAAAUCGUAUUGUUUAAGUAUACACGAUGUGAUAAAAACGAUAAUUUCAAUAAUAAUAGAAUAACUAAUCGAGUAAAAUUUGUCUCCGUUGAUCUACUCGUCACUGUAUACACAUGUCUAUAUGUUAUAUAUUAUUGUAUAUAAUAUAUUAUACAUAUAUACAUUUGUGUAUAUACGUACAUAUACAUAGUCUAUCGUUAAUUUUUCAGUUUGACAGUAAUGCUCUUCGCAUGUGUUAAUGUUUUGUAACGUUUAUUCUCCUUAGUAUUGUUAUGACUAGCUUUAAAAUCGAUUAUUGUGUACGAAAGCGCGAGACGACCAUGAAACAAAAGUUAUGCACUCUUUAUCUUUAUAUAUAUAUAUAUAUUGAAUAUCGCUCGUUCGUUGCAACAGUAACGCAACGGAAAGAUUACCUUACUAUUUCCUGAAUGGCAAGUAUAAACGUGUACUGACUGAUUUUGUAACAACCGAUGGAAGUUGUGUCAGUAUUACAACAAGCGUGCGAUAUCAUAUUUGUCACGCGUUUCAUGUUAAUUUCUUGUAUAUAGUAUAAAUAUUAUUUUUUGCGCAAUUAGGAACAAUUAAUUUACAUACACUAUACAUGUGCAUCGACGAGUAUAAUGAUCGAACAUGAGGAAAGUACUGUUGGCAGGGGGCGAAUGGUACUUUAAAACAACGACAUUUUAUUAUUUUCUAUAGAGAUGUUUGCGUUGUGGAAAGGAACGAAAUGUUCAUAGUAUUGGGGUGAUACGGAUUAGAAAACCCGAAACGCGUAAGAGCCAUAGAUUUCGUGAUAGCGAUUUAAGGAUUUGUAUAUUUUAUAUAACAUACAUGAAUUUAUGUCUUUAAUGGAGUAAAAGGGAGAUUUACCAGAUUGUAAAGGAAUUAUCGCGUACAUGUACAGGGAAACAGUAUGAUGAUUUCUUGGUUUCAAUGUGACACGCGUAUCUUUAUACUCAACGCAUUAUUUCUGUCGAUACUGGAUCACGGACGUCGUAUAUGCGUUCACAGGGAGAAUGUUUACGUACGCGGUAAUGUACAAAGUAUGAAGUAUAUGACCAAAGCGAACAACAUGAUACAAUAUUUAAAGAACGAAGCGAGCUGUUGCUUAAAUUCCACGAAAGUACGACUUUCCAUAAACCUCCGUAAUCUGGUCGACGCACUGACAAUUCGGGCAUUCUGAGGAAGCGUGUUAGCGUUCUAUUCGUUAUCCUUCGUCUCUUUGUGAUGAAAUCUGUAUCGGUAAUAUACGGUACACGAUUAACUCUUAGAGUACCUGCUUCUGUGUUUAGGUUUCUUGUUGUUACUAUUUUUCUUUUUGUUUUGGGAUGGAAUAAGAAGAAAUGUAGCGAAUGGGAUCGCGAGCGUGCGUGAGAAUAUCGUGAAGAACGCGUCCAUUUGUAGGUUUCCUUGGUUGUGAUGUAGGAAGUGGCUGGCACCACUUUUGACCUAGUUAAAAGUAUGUAACUAACUAAUAAUGUUGGAUCAUUAAGAUGGAUCAUGUAUCUUUCACCCCCCGUUAACGAGUGUAGAAAGAAUUUAAUGAUGCAACAUGUGGGAAAAUGCCUCCUCCAUAAUGGCUAUGCGUUAAGAUCGUCAAAGAUUCACAUAAAAAGCAAGAACACUGAUAAGAACGAAGCGCAAGAAACUCCGCAUGCAAGCCGAGCAAAUUGUUUCUUCGCUUCUACAAGGAAGGGUAGUUGGUUUCAUAUCGAUUCCUUGUACAACAGCUCGAGAUACAAAAGGAUAAACGAACGACGAAGAACAAACGGUCAAACACAUUGUACACGGCGCUAACGAACUCGAAAUGUUCUAAAUGUUUAACGAGUUGACAUGUAACGAAUUUAGCAGUUAAAUCCCUCACCCCUUUCUGAGAUUCUUGUACUAUCAAUGGUAUAUGAUACGUAGCUAGAGUAGUCGGCGAAAUAAUAAUAGUGAGUCCGGUCACGUUUCAACGUUUUGUAUAAAUUUACGAUAUUAAAACUACGGUCCCGAUGAUAUACGUGAAAUAUGCGAAAGGGUAACUGCUGAUCUCAUGGAGGUGCUACGCUAACGAUUAGGGUAGCGAGAUGUAUUUUACAUUGAACGGAAAUUCGUAUAGAAGAUCGUUGGAACGGAGUUGAAUUUUCAAACUUCAGAUGCGGAGAAGUAUCUUCCUGUCGAGUCAAAUAUACUUGCACGAUAUUGUAGUUUUAAAUUGUGGCUGAAUUUUUCGAAGAUCAGGUAAACGAUAAGAAUUUUGUCUAAAUGUGAAUAAAUAUCUUUCUCCUAGAAGAUACACGAAUGCUAUCAAGAUAAUUUAUUGUAACUUUAAAGACAUGUAUUAUAAUUGUAUCUCUUGGAAACGUGAAACAUAAAUGGAACAAACAAUUGAGCAAUCGAUAGAAACUCUUUCUAAAUGCGUAGAAGCAUCUUUUUUAAUAAUAAAUGCUGGAACAAUAUGAAAAUGGUUUAUAGGAACUUUGAAUGCGUAUAACUAUAUUUCUCGUAGACGUGAGACUCAUUCACGAGCAGAGUAGAAAAGUUGAGCAAUCGAUAGGAGUUUUGUCUACAAGAGAAACACGACGCGAGCAAACGUGCAUUUGUAGCAACGUACGAUCAUAGUUGAAGAAAAGGAAAUAUGCGUGUACUUGAAUUUCGUGUGGUUGACUACUAUAUCGUUAAUUUAGGUUUAUUACGACUCGCCUGUUACGUUUAUUGUUGAAUAUCAAAGUUUUUCGUCUC